AUGAAUAAUUAUUAAUAUAAUAAAUGGGAAAUUUUUGUUCAUAGAAAGAAAACGAAGAAUUAGGUAUUUCAUAACAAUAGAAAUCAAAUCAAAAUUCUUUUCAUUAUACCCAAAAGCCUCUAAAACGGCUAGAAAAAAGUGAAUGUGUUUACACUGAUCAGCAAGUAAGUAUAACACCAUACAGUUAAUUAGUGAUUCAAAUCAUAGAAUUGAACGAUGCUAAAGAUUUGAUAAACUCGUAGUAAUAAAGAACAUUAACAAGAGCAUCUUCUUUUCUUAAGAGAUGUUAGAAAUGUAAAAAUAAAUUUUACUAAAUGUUCGCUUUCCUUUUAUAUGCAAAUUAAUACAAUAUAAGAACACUCCUUAAAAGUGUAUUUUUGAAUUAGAGAAUUGUUUAUAUGAUCUUGAGUCUUAUAUGAAUAAAUAAUAGUUAAAUGACAAUUAGUUAUAAUUCAUUGCAGCAUAAAUUGUUUUGGCAUUAAAUGAAAUUCAUAAAAGUGGUUACAUUUAUCGUGCCUUGAAUGCAUCCCAUAUUUUAAUUGCAGAAGAUGGUUAUAUAAGAUUAAUUGGUUUUGGAUUCUCAAGCAAUAAGAUUGUUUUCUAUAAAAUUAAUUCAUAUGAAGAAAUACGUAUAUUUCCUCCAGAAGCAAUGCAAAUGAUAUUUGAUCAAAGUGGAGAUUGGUGGUUAUUAGGAGCAUUGUUAUACAAAUUACUAUUUGAUAUUUAUCCAUUUGAAAAUGAUGAAAGAGAUGUCAAUUAAUUAAUAAAGGAGAAAAUGUAAAAUAUAAAAGAAUUUCCAAAAGAAAUAAAACCAGAAUUGUAAGAUCUAAUAGAGAAUUUAUUGAAAAGAAAUCCUAAAGAAAGAUUAACACAAUUGGAAUCAAUCAUGCAACACAAAUAUUUUGAUAAAUUAGAUUGGAAAUAAUUGAAAGAAAAACAAAUUGAAUCACCCUUAAAACAAUGA